AUGACUUCGCCAACUGCUACUCCUUCCGCAGCAUCCUCCAAGGUCUUCGGCGCCAGCCCAGCUUCUUUCGUCAAGCCAUCGCCUGCCAGCACCUUUAGUGACAGCACUACCAGCGAUGCCGGUGGUUAUCCCAAGACUCCUGGUCGCGAGAACGAUGAAGGCGUCUUUUUAGGCUCUGUUGCUAAGCUGUCCAUCAAUGAUGGAAACUCAAGCACGAUCGAGCGUUACUCUCCUCCGUUCGUCCGCAAGGGGGUUCAGGCCAGUGUUGAGGACCCGUUCACCACCACUUCUCGUGGCUCCCCCCAGGCCACCCCGACUGGUCCGAAGUCCAAGGGUCGUGCUGCCAAGAGCGACAACUGGCGAUCUGGAUCAAGCUCCGGCUCCAGCGCAGGACGAUCUUCCCCAUCGCCAUCUCGCUACCUUGUGAGCAAGCGUGGCCUUGAUAUAUUCGUCAAGAAAUAUGAGUCCGAAGAUGACGAAACCGAGUUCUACCAGCAAGUCGCUGUCGCUGCUGAUGCUUCCCGGGCCCAAUCACUCUUUCCCCCAGCUUGCUGUGUCUUCGUUGCUAAUCUUCUUCAAUCCGAGACCGAUGAGUCGCUUGAAGUUGCAGUCACUCAGGUCUUCCGUGAGUUCGGUUCUGUCUGGGUCAAGAUCCGACGUGAUGGCAAACAGAUGCCUUUCGCAUUCUGUCAAUACCGUGAGCCUGAGCAUGCCGAGCGUGCGAUCCGUGAUGCUCGCGGCCGCCUCAUCAAUGGUCGUCCUUGCCGCGUCGAGAAGGCAAAGGCUCAUCGACUAUUUUUUGUUGAGCGCAAGUAUGGCGCUGCCGUCACCCCGGACGAGGUCGCUCACUUGCUCCGUGGAUUUGGUCAACUAGACUUCAUUCGGCUCGCAACCCCGGUUGAACUCGCUCAGAUGAACCUCAAUGAGGGAGUCCUAGUUCAAUUCAAGAUGUAUGAUGAUGGACAAACUGCCCUUCAGGCAUACCGCAACCACCAUGCCUACAAGAUGCAAUCUAUGGCCAACAUGUGCUCUCCCACCCGCUCUACUCUUGUAGGUCAAUCAAACUCGGUGUUGCGUCGGUAUCUUGAAACCUACGAGGUCGACAAGCGCUCGAUAUUCCUUGGCAACCUGCCAGCUGAAAUCGGGGAGGUCGAUCUUCAUCGGGGUUUCGAGAAAUACGGUGCCAUUGCCAAGAUCUCUCUUCACAAGAAUGAGUCCGUGGUCGAUGCUACUCAAAAGCACUGUUUCGCUUUCAUCGAGUUCAAGAUGGAUUCUUCGGUUCGCCAAGCUGUAGAUGAGAUGAACCAAUCGAACUUCAAGGGCAAGAUCAUCCGUGUCUGUCCAAAGGACACUGAGGGUGCCAAGUUGCAUCGUAAGAAGAACCCAGGCUCAACACCUGCUGCCUCUUACCAAUCUCCGCCCCAACACUCGGUUCCUCAGCAGCCAGCCACUCCCCUGACUCAUGCCCCAGGAUAUGGCUCCCCUUACGCCUAUCCGUACGGUAGUCCGUACUACUCUGCUGGCUACUUUGCCGAUGCUCAAGGACAGCACUACCCCGCCUCUCCUUACGGUUAUUCACCAUUCUAUGCUUACACGGGCAAUCCGAGCUACGCAGCUGGCACCUCCUCCACCACCGAUGCUGCUAGCAGUCCCAAUGGCCAAUCUUACUACGGAUACUAUCCUCAGUUCCCAUACUGGGGUUAUUCUCCAACUGCCCAGCAGCCGGCUUACUUCGCUCCAUCGGUCAACCCAACUGUUACUGGCGGUGCCCAAGAGGAUCGUUCGGCCACCCCAACCCCGACCGGACAAGCCUCCACUGCUGAGUCCUCAAUGGAGUCCGAGAUACACGGCUGGGAUUUCUCGCCUCUGUACCAAAGAUCAUGUAGCGUAGCUGAGAAUAAUGACGAAUGA